UUAGUAAAUUAGUUAUUUCAAAUCAUACUUACCAAAUUCGUGUUUCAAGUGAUUAUAUUAAAAGAGAAAAUUAAAUAAAUACAAGUAGUAAUUAAGUUAUAAAGUAGAUUAAAAGAAAGCAAGAAAGGAAGUAACCAAAAACAGAAGCUGCCAAUCGGAAACAGCCCACCACCAAAAAGCGGCGGUUUAACGUUAAAGAAAGAAACUUUCGACUGCCGCGGGGUUCAAUUCAAUUUCAAAAUUCUGCUGCGGAAAUCGGUGAAUCGUCUCAUCCAUGGGCCAAGAAUCGUUCAUAUACAGCUUCGUGGCGCGUGGCACGAUGGUGCUGGUGGAGUACACCGAGUUCACAGGCAAUUUUCCGGCGAUCGCAGCUCAGUGCUUGCAGCGUCUCUCUUCCACCAACAACAAGUUCACCUACAACUGUGAUCACCACAUUUUUAACUUCUUAGUUGAAGAUGGAUACGGUUUUCGAGAAUUGGGUAUUGGAUCUAUUUUAGGUUUUGAUUUUGGACAGCUUACUGUGUCGUUGCCAAAGAAUCUGUUGGAAAACAGAUCUCAAUCGCACUUUUGGAACGCAUUAAAGCUGAUUUCAGGAAAAGAUAUGGUGGUGGUAAAGCCGAUACAGCAGUUGCAAAAAGUCUCAACAAAGAAUUUGGAAUCUUGCAGGCCUCUAAUGAAAGAACACAUGCAAUAUAUCAUUGAUCACGCUGAUGAGAUUGAGAAACUAUUGAAAGUUAAAGCCCAAGUUUCCGAAGUCAAAAGUAUUAUGCUGGAGAAUAUAGACAAGACUAUAGAAAGAGGCCAAAACCUAACGGAUCUCAACGACAAGGCUCAAGACUUGCGCGAGUCGGCUCAAGUGUUCAAGACAGGAGGGACACAACUCCGGCGAAAGUUGUGGUACCAAAACAUGAAAAUAAAGUUGGUUGUGCUCGGAAUUAUCCUCUUCCUUGUCCUCAUCAUCAUCCUCUCUGUCUGCGGGGGUUUUAACUGUUAGUAUUCUCGGCCCUCCAUCUUCACUCGUCUCUUCUCGAUUAUAGUGGUUAAAGAGGAUUCUCCAUGUACCAACAGCCAACAACUCUUCCCUUGGGUCAUGUUGUUUGAUUCCCAUAUUAUUGCUUCAUCUGUUUUUUCAAUGUAAAAUAGACAAACAUUUUUUUUCCA